UGCAGGCGUAGUGGGUUAUGCACCAAAGCUGAUUAGCACAACCACACAGCUGCUGAGAGCUUGGAGGAUCAAGAUGAGGAACAUUUCCAUACCUCUGCUGGCUUUAGUCAUGUCGACACUGGCCUCUCCUCGAGGGCACAACAGCCAGCGUGCCAAGCGGGAGCUUUUAGCACGUUCCAAAAGAAGGUGGGUUUUGUCUACCAUUGAAGUAGUGGAAGAAGACCCAGGACCGUACCCAAAACCAAUUGCUCAGAUGUUCAAUGACAGGAUUUAUCAACACAAUAAUCAUAAAUAUGUGAUAAGUGGAAUGGGUGUGACUGAGGAGCCACUUGGUGUGUUCUCUAUCGAUGAACAAAGUGGGAAAGUCUUCGCCCAUAAACCCAUUGACAGAGAGAAGCAUGCCUUCUUUCAGAUCAAGUUCGACAUCUUGGACAUAAAUACAGGCAGCACAAUAGACAGAGAAUUAGCAUUCGAUGUAGAAAUACAGGACAUUAAUGACAACGCACCGAAAUUUCUCCAUCCACGAAUGAGCGUUGAUGUGAGCGAGAACACACCAGAGGGCCUCUUGCCAGUUAGGAUCGAGGUCUCAGACCCUGAUGAAGUGAACACCCCUAACUCCACCGUUAGCCUGAGUGUCAUAUCACAGUCCCCACAACUCCCCAAAAUGGAUGUACACCAGAUUGACGACCGGCUGGCUCAGCUUACUUUUAAAGGAUGUUUUGACUACGACAAAGUAAAGACGUAUGAAAUAAUACUUCAGGCGAAAGAUCAUGGAAAACCAUCCCUGUCAUCAACCGCUGUCAUCACUCUCAAUAUCAUUGACAGCAACAGUCAUCCUCCGACGUUCAAAGCAAAGAAGUAUCUUGGUGAAAUUCAGGAAAUGGUCACACGUGAAAAUGUUUUAAGGCUUUCAGUAGAAGACAAAGACACUCCUAAAACCCCUGGCUGGCGGGCCAAAUACUUCUUUGUCAAAGGAAAUGAGGAAAACAACUACAACAUUGAAACUGACCCUGAGACUAAUGAGGGUAUUUUGAGUGUCAUCAAGGGGAAAGAUUUCGAGAAAACAACCAUGACAACGCUGCAUAUCGGGGUAGAGAAUGAGGAAGCAUUGUAUGUCUGUGGGGAUGCAGCAACCACCAGGAAAGGCUUCUGGGAUACCGUUAACAUUACAAUGAAAGUGACAGACGUUAAUGACCCUCCUGACUUUGAAAAAUAUACAGUCAAAGUCUAUGAGAAAGAAGAGCAGGAACCAGGAAGAUUGCUGUACACUCCAAAGGUUCUUGAUGUGGACUCGGACAUAUCAAACAUUAGGUUUACAAAGAUAGAAGAUGCAGCUGAUUGGGUGACAAUUGACAAGAAAACAGGACAAGUCACAACCACUAAGAAAAUGGACCGGGAGUCACCCUUUGUCCAUGACAACAUUUAUAAAAUACUGUUGGCUGCAAUAGAUGAUGGUGAUCCUCCAGCUACCAGCACCGGAACCGUAUUGGUUCACCUCCUGGAUAUAAAUGACAACAAGCCAAAGCUGAUCAACACUAGCGUCACAAUGUGUGGAAACAAGUUCAACAAAGUCAUGAUUGCUGCAAAGGAUCUGGAUUCACACCCUUACAGCGGACCCUUUACCGUCUCACUGAAGCGUGAUGAUGCAACCCAGUUACAGCGAUGGAAAGUGGACCCCUCCACCGGUGAGGAAGUCGGGCUGGUUAGCCUGAAGACACUUGCUAAUGGCAAAUACACAGUGCCCCUUCUGAUUGAGGAUCAACAAGGCAUGUCUGGAGAGGACACCGCAGUCAUAACGGUGUGUGACUGCCAAGCGGGAAACGUGUGUCACCACAAACGGCUCUCAACAAGUCUGGGAGCAGCUGCCAUUGGACUGAUAAUAGCAGGAUUGCUCAUAUUUUUGGUACUGUUAUUCCUCCUGACGUGUGAGUGUCGAAACAAGUUCAAGCACGUGUCCGAGGUCCAACCAGAUGAGGGCCACCAGACCUUAAUCAAGUACAACCAAGAAGGAGGCGGUUCUGAAUGCAAGACUGAGCCAUCCUUGCUGCUGACACGUGCAAAGGAUGUCGCAAUGACUUUUACAAAUGGACAACACCCGGGCACUCUUCAGAUAACUCAAGUGGCUCCAAUAAUGACAGAAUACCUUGAUACUUACAAUGCUGGGCUCACUCUGAGGAACUCUGACAUGACUUCAUUGGGCCAGCAAUAUCACAGAGGCAUGUUCAAAGGUCAUCAGGGGCACACAGUGCACUACAAUGACAAUCCGAUUCUCUGUGUGCAGGGAGGCUCCUUGAGGUCCAACAAUAACAUUUCAGAUCAGCUCAACAGAAGAAUCCACAUGAUGGACAGAAACUACCCAGAGUACCAAGCACGUGACUAUGCUUAUGAAGGAGAGGGCAGUAGAUGCCAGUCACUGGAUGAGCUGUCCUUCAGCAAUUCGGGAGAGGAUUUUCACUUCCUGAAUGAUUUGGGACCACAAUUUGGGCACUUGGGUUGCAUCUGCAACCAGAUGAUAGGAGUAAAAGGCACACAACUUUCACAGGACAAGAGUGGCUAAUUAUUUGUUUAGGGCCACUCUCAAGGAAGGACCAGUCUUACAUCAAAAAGUCAUUUACAGAAAUGAUUUAUUUUGGACUUAUUUUUCACAGUGACAUUCUUAACAUUUGAUAUUGUGCCAUGAAAACACUGUAAAUUGCCGUUAUAUAUGAGUAUCUCAAUAGACUUGUUGGGUUGAUGUUUUUCUUUGAAAUGAACAAAAAAUGAUGACGUUUUUUCUUUUGAUGGCAGUUUUUUUUAUUUUUAUGUCUAAUACACAAUUUUUAUCAGAACAUGUUCAAUUGCACUGUCAUUUGUGUCUGGCACAAUGUAUACUAUCCUGCUAUGUAGAGUGUGUUUCUCAGGACAUGAUUCAAUGAAAGAGGAACUAUUGUGCUUUUCCUCUUUGUUAAACCUACAACUGUUGUUAUUUGGUCGUGUUAAACCAUGCCAAAGCAAGUCAAAAACUAGGGCAAAAUGUCGCACCCGGCAGGCAUGCGCACAAGUAACAUUUUUGUUGGAGACCCUUUUUUUUUGUUUUCGUUCAUUAAGAAUAUAAAAGACUCUCUCUGAGAUAUUUUUGCUGAUGAGUUAUAAAGGUGAAUACGUGAAAAGUCUUCCUGGGUGUUCUCCUUAGGUUGACUAAACCAAACGGCAGCAGCCUACAGAUUUGAAGACCCCUCCCUAGCUGAAUCUGCUUUCGUAUUCCUUUUCUUUUCAUGCCCUCCCGCCUGAUCUAUGUUUAUAAAAUAAAUACUUUCACACGACAUUUGGACCACUGCAAAACUUGAUUAGCCUUGAAAAGAGGCGCCAUAACGAUAUUGUUGUUUGGUUUGAGGAAACAGGACAGACAAUAGGAUACAGUGUUAUUUUCAUCUCAUCUUGGCAUGGGCACAAUAAUAAUAAUAAUAGUAAAUCAUUUUGUGCAGUGCUAUAUUGAUAUUGAUCUGAGCGGGCAGCUUUACUUAUUGAU